CAGGGGAUCAGCCGGUCAGUGUGGAGCAGUCGACAUAGGGCCCACUCACUGAAGAAGAAGAACAUUUAACUACUUCUUAAACUAUUUUUAAUCUGAGGAAAGGCAAGAGGAAAUCUGGGGACUAUUAAAAUAUCUUCCUCUCCCGGUGUCAAGCCACAGGAGCUUGUGGACAUGAUGUACAUAGCCCUGGCCUCUGUGCUGGGCAACGUGUUAGUGGUGCUGGUGGUCUGUACGAACCGGGCCCUGAGGGACACCACGUUCUGCUUCCUCGUGUCUCUGGCGGUGGCUGACAUUGCUGUGGGAGCCCUGGUCAUUCCCCUGGCUGUAGUGAUCAGUCUGGGGCUGAAGACUCAGUUCUACACCUGCCUCUUCUUCUCCUGCCUGCUCCUCAUCAUCACCCAGGGCUCCAUCCUACCUCGGGGUCAAGAUUCCCACCAAGUACAGCAUUACCGUGACCCAGAACAGAGCAUCGUGACCCAGAACAGAGCAUGCUGGCUCCUCUCUGCCCUGAUGGGGAUGGUGCCCAUGUUGGGCUGGCACAACGAGCACACACAGGGUAACCUGAGCAUCACCAGCGAUGACAUAAUAGUUUGCAAGUUCACCAAGGUCAUGCGUAUGGACUACAUGGUCUACUUCAACUUCUUCGGCUGGGUGGUGGUUCCUCUGACCAUCAUGAUCGCUCUGUACGCUGAGAUCUUCAGGGUGAUCCCGAAGCAGCUUAACAUGCGUGCCGAGGCCACCUGCGACACCAGCAAGUACUUGGACAAGAAGCUGAAGCUAGCCAAGUCCUUGGCGCUCAUCGUCUUCUUAUUCGCUCUGUGCUGGCUGCCGCUGCAUGUCAUGAACUGCAUUCUCUUCUAUUGUCCGGAGUGUGGGAUGCCCAAGAGUGCCAUGUAUGUGGGAGUCUUUAUGACCCACAUCAACUCUGCCCUCAACCCGCUGGUCUAUGCCUUCCGAAUACAGCGGUUUCGUGCCAUGCUGGUCCAGAUCUUCCACUGCUGCAUGCUGUGUAAACCCACAGAGAACAGCCCUUGCCCCAACCAGCCCAGCCCACCACCCCUGUUUGAGAAAACCCCAGUCCACCCGUACCCACGACCUGCCCUGAUUAUAUGCUUCUCCUGCGAAAUGUUGUGUCAAAGAAGUAGUCGUAGUGCAAUAAUACGGAGACUUCUGCUUUGCAACCAUCAUCUGGGAUGAAUGAUACAGCAUAUGGAGUCUGAUUUGUGAUGGCCCCCAUUAGUGGGCUAGACUCCAACGAAAAGCACUUCACUGAAUUAUGAGAAUUAAGCUCAUUAACAUUUCGUUAACAUUUGCAAUAGUCAAUCCAGGAUACAGGAAGACUUUAAAUGCAAGUACCAGCCCAUAUGUUAUUUAAUUUACUGAUGCCAGCUACAAUUCAUAUUUAGUAUUUUGCUUUAUAACGAGAUCCUUGUCAAAUUGGCCUAUAACACACUCACCAGUGGUGCUGCUGAAUGGAGAAUGGAUCAUAAUAAUGUCUGGAAGGGAGCGAAUGGAAUGGCAUCAAACAGGUGGAAACCAUGUGUUUGAUGUAUUUGAUACCAUUCCACCAAUUCCACUCCAGCUAUUACCACGAUCCCGGCCCAACAUGCCAUCAACCUCCUGUGACACUCACACACCCUUGGACACUCAUUCAUACACAUUGCUUGCUUCUCAAUUUGAAUCAUACAAUAAUGCUUUCUAUGGUAUGUUGUAUAAAUCUGAAGUCUGAUUGGACCAUUAUUUUGUCUAUGAAAUUGUCUGAAAAUGUUUAGCAUUUUUUUUUUCAGCUUGAUUGCCAAACUAGUGGUGUGUGAUUGGGUGGGGGGCUGUUACCUUGCCAACUGUAAGGUCCACCUGUGACUCCCCACUGUGCACAAACUGGUUGAAACAACGUCGUUUUGAUGUACUUUGUCAACAUAUUGUGACAAAUCCUACAUGGAAAAUACAUCGGAUUUGAACAAAGUUAUCAACUUGAACUGUUGUUUUGAGGGUGACAUUUCAACUGCAGCAUUGUAACCAAAUGUCAACAUAGACAAACCUUGUAUAAAGUAUGUUGAAUUUGUAACUUUAAAA